AUGGACGAAAUGCACGACGAGAUGGCCUGGGGCCGUCUCUUCCCCCCGACCCGCCAGCUUGCUCCAUCACGUUCAUCGUCUCCCGCAGUUUCUGUAUCCGCCGGCGAUCACGGCCCUGGCCAUGCCCAUCACGCGCAGCUCGAUUCCACGUACGUGGCGGUCGCUGAUGCCCGACCAGGUUUCCAAGCAGACGAUGGAGCCCGUGCCGAGCAGCACUGGGCCCCCGAGGCCUCCUCUCCAUCGUCUUGUCUGACGCUGUUUCGACCGCCGUACCAAUCCGCGGGUGCCAUCUCUGAACUCCCAAACGAGAUCAUGCUGCACAUCCUCGGCUAUCUGGAUGUCAGUGACCUGUUGUCCACUUCGAGGACCAAUCAUCACCUGCGCCACCUGUCCCUCUCGCCAAUUCUCCAUCACUAUCGGCUCCGUCACACGCGCGCCAUUCUGCCGCCGCUGCUGUCCUCCCCUUCACGCCCUUCUCUGGCGGAGCUCAUCGCUCGCUCCAUUUUUCUGACUCACACGUCGGUCGUCUCGCGCCGGCUGGCCCGCUCGCUGGUCUCGAUCCGACUGUCCCGCCGCCUUGCUACUCGGCCUUCGGCUGAAGCCCUCGUUGAGCGGGCCGUCCUGCCACCCGAGUGCGUGCCCGGCAUGAGCAUGGUGCAAGUUGCGCCCGCCCUCGUUGCUAAGCGGCGGGCCAUCGAGAAGGAGAAGGUCAAGGACGGCCUGAGGAAGUGGGUUGAGGGCGUAUGGAAGGGCGAGGUCCGCCAGCGGGAGGAAGGCAUCAAGAAGUGGGAGGAGAGCAAGGGUGUCGGGAGGGUCUGGCGUCUCAGGCGGUUUUGGGAACGGGUCUCUAGAGGCGACGGCGCCGGCCUUCGGUAG